AUGGAGCCGGCGCUACAGCAACGGAAUCCUACAGUCGAAAACAACACGGAGCUGACGCAUGCCCAAACCGAUUCGAGGCCCGCUGCCGCCGCCGCCGCCGACGACGACCACCGGGAGACGCCCAAAAUGUUGGCCCACGAUUCCAUGGUGACGGUCAGGCUAUCCGAGCCGCCUGCCUUGACCCUCGAUACCAACGUUGGCCCAGAUUCGCCCCCGAGGAGGAGACCCAGCACUGUUCGAAUCGAAAGAUUGCCAUUUCCGGUCGAAGAAGCAGACGAAGCUGAAGCAAAGAACCUGCGUGAGGACGACAUCAACGAUACACCGCCUAGUGACCCGGCCACGCCAUUGCCUGUUACAGCCGCCGCCAAGAGCCUCCAAGACGAGCUGGUGGGCUGCGAGGAGAAGAAGGACGAAGCGGACGAAGACCUGGCGACUUCAGUGCAAGCUCCAAGGGACCAGGGGGGACACGAAAGCCAGCACGUCCACGACGAGGACAACGAAGAAGACGAAGACGAGGAGGUAAAUUGGGACGAAUUGCAAAAAUCAGAAGCACAAGAGCCUAGGGACGCAGAUACAGACAGAUCGACAGCCAUGUUGCUGGCUAUGCUGGAGCAGGAAAACGACAAGUUGGCUACGAACCCGAAAAGCAUCAAAGUACAGGCUGUUGAACAAGUCGCCGCUUCCAGUCGCCCCAGACCACCAUCAAUGGCACAACUACGACACAUGGUUCAUGGACCAACGCCCCCUGCCCUGCGAUACUCGAUGCUUCCGCCCCCGCCGAUGACCGACCUCGAGUUCUACGCCGCGCUGGUCAAAGACUACCAGCAGACGGCCGCUCGACUGCCGACUCUCCUCUCGAACAAGAUCCGCAAAGGCAUUCCACCUCCGCUGCGAGGAGUCGUGUGGCAGAGUAUGUCGGGCGCCCGCGACUCAACGUUGGAAGAGCAAUACGAACGGUUCACUGGCGAGUCAAGCCCUUACGAACCCAUCAUUGGCAAAGACCUCGGACGGAGUUUCCCUGGCGUCGAUAUGUUUCGCGACCCCGAAGGCGACGGACAACGCAUGCUCGGCAGGGUACUAAAGUGCUUCAGUCUCUACGAUACAAAGAUUGGUUAUUGCCAAGGGCUGGCUUUUCUCGUUGGCCCGCUGUUGAUGCACAUGCCCGACAAGCAGGCGUUUUGCGUAUUGGUCCGUUUGAUGGAACGAUAUGAUCUGCGCAGCUGUUUCCUGCCAGACCUGUCAGGACUGCAUGUGCGCAUCCACCAGUUUCGAGAGCUUCUCCAAGAACACAUGACGCCAGUGUCGAAUCAUCUGGAGGACCUCCAGGUCGACCCUGCCUACGUUUCACAAUGGUUCCUCAGCUUUUUCGCCGUUACAUGUCCCCUGCCGAUGCUGUUUCGCAUCUACGAUGUUAUCUUUGCAGAGGGGGCCCCGGAGACCCUCAUGCGGGUCGCCCUAUCCCUGAUGCAGAAGAACCAAGCCCGGAUAUUAGCGUGCACCGAGCUCGAGGAUGUCAUGCAACUUCUCCUUUCGAGGGGUCUGUGGGAUUGUUAUCAUUACAACGCAGACGAGUUUGUCCAGGAUUUUGUCAGUCUAUCGGGCGUUGUCACUCGAGAGAAGCUGCUGCAAUUGGAGCAGGGGUACCGAGACGCGCAAAUCGCUAGCGCAAAUGCGGCGCGUUCCUCCGACGUGACCACUGCAGCCUCCCGAUUCCUCGGCCGCAUUUGGGCUUCCUCCACCAUCAUCUCCCCGAAGUCCUCCUCCACCCUCAGCCCGGGCCUCACCGCUCCGUCACGGCCCAUGAGCAUGUUGCGUAGGAGCACCUCCAAGCAGAGCCUGGCCUCCACCCUCAAUUCGAUGGAGGCCAGUUCUGUCAGUGUUCUCAGCUCUGCAUCCACCGAAGCCACCACCGUGUCCCGAGAUUCAUCAAACACUACCGACGACUAUUCAUCCAUCCGCGAGUCGACGCCCAUCCCUGGCGGCAAGGCGCUCCAUGGCAACAGCGGCAAGAACAACAAGGAGAACGCCCUGCACACCCAGAUCGAGGACCUUCUCACCGCCUUGACCGAGUUGCAACGAAACCACGCCCAGCUCGCGAGCGAACUACAAAAGGAACGGGAACAGCGCGAGGAGGACAAAAAGGCCGUUCGGUCCUUGCUUGACGGACUGCGCAAAAAGGCCAGCAACGACUCUGUCAGCACCGAUGCGAGCGUCGAUACUCUCAAAGCGGCCGAUGACCCCGCAACCGAGGCACGCGAGGGAGGCCAGGGAGACGUGUCCACUGCCAAGGCUGGCGGGCAGGAUGGACCCUCGCCAGAGGACCUAUCACAGCUUCUUGAUUCUGUCGAGGAGAGGUUCGGCCGUCAUGGUAGUAGCGAUCGCAGAGUAUCCCUAGGGAGGGAGUCAAGAUCAGAGAUGCAGCAGGAGCUACAACAGCUCAAGGACCAGCUCGCCAGUGCGGUGUCGCAAUCGCAGGAUUACAACCGGAAGAUUCACGAUUUGGACCAGGAAAUAUCAACCCUGAAAGACCAAGUGCGCGAAUCUCACUCGCACGCACGCAUCCUUCAUCAAGACAAGCAGAGGCUGGAGAAACAAAUACACACCAUGAGGGCGCGGGCAUCGGCCGCCGAAGCGGAUAGUAAUACUCAGCCAGACAGCGAUGGGCCCAUGCGUAAGAGCUCUGCUAGUGGUGCAAGCGGCCUGAGAGAGUUGAAGCUUGGUAGGAGCAAGUCGACACCGUCUCAAGCUGGGUUGAUCUUGAACAAGCGGUCGUCGUCUCUGCCGAAGCCUCACGACUCGACGCCCCCUUCAGCUACGCAGGCCCCUCUCCCUCCUGCGCCACCGCCGCCGCCGCCAAUAGACGAUCAACACGAGGCGUUGUUGCUGGAGCUCGUUCAGGCCAAGACCGCCGAAGCUAUUGCCAGGCAAGAGGCCGAGGAGACCAAGCAGAAGCUGGAAAGUCUGCGCAAGGCGUACGGCGCGGCGGCGGCAGAGACAUCACCGGCGGCGGGGUCGGCUGCAUCAGCCGCCAUGGGCGUCUUUGGUCGCCUCACCGGCGCUGCUACGGAGCCCGCUAAACCCGCCUCGCCCGCGACGACGCCAGCUGUUGCCGGCGCGGCGGCGGCGGGAGGAUUCUGGGGUUGGAGGAGAUAA